GUUCGGCUUCGGCUCGGGCUCGGCUUGGACUCCUCGGCUCAGCUUCGGCUCUGCUCGGGCCCCGGCGGGUGGUGUGCUCGGCGUCAAGAUGGAUGAGCUCAGUCAGGCCCUGGCCUGCAGCUUCUCGGUGUCCCGGGAGUUGAACAGCACGGCGGCCCCGCACCCUCGCCUGGCCCAGUAUAAAUCCAAGUACAGUUCCCUGGAGCAGGGAGAGAGGAGACGCCGACUGCUCGAACUCCAGAAAUCCAAGCGUCUGGAUUACGUGAACCAUGCCAGGAGGCUGGCCGAAGACGACUGGACAGGAAUGGACAGCGAGGAGGAGGAAGAGGAGGAGGAGGGAGACAAAAAGGGAGAUGAGGAAAUGGACAUUGACGUUGGCAAGAAGUUGCCGAAGCGCUAUGCCAACCAGCUGAUGCUUUCCGAGUGGCUGAUCGACGUACCUUCGGACCUGGCCCAGGAGUGGAUUGUGGUGGUGUGCCCUGUUGGGAAACGAGCCCUUAUUGUGGCUUCUCGGGGCUCUACUGCAGCGUAUACCAAGAGUGGCUUUUGUGUCAACAGAUUCCCUUCCCUGCUCCCGGGAGGCAACAGGCAUAACUCAAUGACAGGAAAAGACUUUACCAUCCUGGAUUGCAUCUACAGUGAAGUGAACCAAACCUACUACGUUCUGGAUGUGAUGUGCUGGAGGGGACACCCCGUCUAUGAUUGCCAGACAGAUUUCCGAUUCUAUUGGGUGCAUUCAAAGCUGUCCGAAGAGGAGGGCCUGGGAGAAAAAACCAGGCUCAAUCCAUUUAAAUUUGUGGGUCUGAAGACUUUUCCAAGUACUCCUGAGAGCCUCUGCCAGUUGCUGUCCACGGAUUUCCCUUUCGAGGUGGACGGGCUUCUCUUCUACCACAAGCAAGCCCAUUACAGCCCCGGCAGCACACCGCUGGUGGGCUGGCUCCGGCCCUACAUGGUGUCCGACGUGCUCGGCGUGGCCGUGCCGGCCGGCCCCCUGACCGCCAAACCCGAGUACGCCCGGCAGCAGCUCCAGCAGAUCAUCGAGCACAAGAGAGGGAAGAAGGAGGCAAGCGGCAAGACGGCUUCCGCCGCCGAGAACGGACGCUACGAGCUGGAGUACCUGUCCACCCCCAGGCCGGCGGAUCCUCCGGUCGGCCAGGACGAGGCCGGGGGCCAGAUGGAGGGCUGUUGAAGGCAUUUGGGAAGAGCUGCUGUCUGGGACAGGAGAAGUCAUCCCCCCCACAUCCCUCCCAAACCACCACCCGCCAAUCCUCCUGCUCCAGCCUCGGCACUUCCAGGGGAUUGUUAUGGUCUUUCGCCAGGAGGAAAGACAUAAUAAUCACCACGUGUGGCUGCUCUGUCUCCUAAGCCGCUCCUCCCCGGAGGCUUCCCGGCAGCUCCACUCCAGGGGAGGAUCCAAGCAGGGCGCUCUGGGUCUUCCCCGUUUGAGAUCCGCCCCUGGAACGUUCCCAGUUUGGAUGGGGUUCAGGGUGGAUUGAACAACUGUUACCGGUAAGGGGGGAUCUCAGCCCGACUGGAAAAAUAUAUGCAAUUCUUAAGAUAGCGGCUGUAUGUGAUUCUCAAAGCUCUAGAUGGCCAGGUACCUCCCCGCCCCACCAGCCCUCGAAAUUGGUUUUCAGAACCUCUGGUCCGAAGUGCUCUCCGGGUCGCUUUAGACAGACCGAGCUGAGCGACAGAAAAUGGAUUUCCGGCCAGGUUGGGGAGCAUCCCGUUAGAAUCGCUGCCGUUUCCAGGAUCUGAAUUGAUUUCCCUCUUUUGAGAAGGCGAGCAGAAUCUUCUCCAGGGACGACGUCGUUGAAGGGAGGAUGCCUGGUGAGCUGACUCACACGUGAGCUACUCUGACCAAAUGGCUUCUUCGUGCCGGCGAGCGCUGGGGACCAUCUGCCUCGCCUUCUUCGGAAGCUUCCCCAGAGGGCUGACCCCCGCUUUCUGCUGCAAAGCCAACAGAACUCUGUUAUGACCCUCUCUGGCCCAUCAGAUUGUAUUCUCUUCUAUCUGUUCAGAAUAACACCUGAAUCGCUGAAGGGGGAAUCGGGCCCGAUUUUUACAAUUUAAGAUUUUUAAAAUAUGAAACUCCUUCUGAGCCAAACAAUAGCUCUGGGAAUGUAAGAGAGUGAAGGAGUGGGAGAAGGCGGAAUAAGGCUGCCCAGAUUCCUUGUGUCCAGGGUAAGCAGGAUGGGUUUCUGGCACACAGAGAGACAGUAUCCUGAAAAUGAAUCUGUAAGACCUGAGAAGGAAAUUGUUUUUCAACUGUGCCACUGACUGCAACACAAAGACUCCUGACUGAUGAGCAAUCGCUCUUGUGUUAUUACUUUUCAAAUUUUGAAAGGAUUGUCUGCAUUGGGUCCCCCCUGGGUACCAAAAUCUUGUAAGAUGAGAGAGAAAGAAAGGAGGGGAAGGGAGGGGAGAGUGUGUGUGUGUGUCUGUCUGUAGUCAUUUACCAUACUCUGGGCCAUGACAUUCAUCUCCAAAUUUCUCCUGUAACCAAGAGGCCGAAAAUAAAAGACUAACAGAUUAAGUUGGGAAUGCCAAA